UCUGACCUUUGAUCAGAACAAACAUGGCGUCCGUCAGCAGAGAAACACGACGACUCUUCUUCCUUCAACUCCUCAUCGCUUUUAUCCCAGCAUGCACUGGGCUUCCUGGAGGAGGCGUGUUCGUGAGCAGACCCGAGGCCAGCGUUUUCCUUCAUCGCACUCGUCGAGCCAACUUCCUGUUUGAGGAGCUGAGGAGAGGCGACCUGGAGCGCGAGUGUCAGGAGGAGAAAUGCUCCUACGAGGAGGCGAAGGAGAUCUUCGCUCUGCCUCAGCAGCUGGAGGCGUUCUGGAGGCUCUACACCGCGGUGGACCACUGCCUGUCGUCUCCCUGUAAGAACGGCGCCACCUGUACUCGCCACAUCGACACCUACAUCUGCAAGUGUCCUCCUGGUUUCCAUGGAUCCCACUGUGACAAAGCUCGUGUGAACUCGUACGGCUGUCGCUAUAGAAACGGAGGAUGUGAACAUUUCUGCAGACAGUUUCCGAAUUGUUCCCAUGUCUGUUUCUGCGCUCCGGGUUAUCGCCUGCAUCCGGACGCCAUCAGCUGUGUACCCCAAGAUCGUGUGGCCUGUGGACUACCUCUGAACACACUUACCCCGAGGGUCAUCAACGGGGAAACCUGCCCCAAAGGACUCUGUCCGUGGCAGGCUCUGAUCCGGGAUCGUAAGGUUUUCACCUGUGGAGCCAUUGUUCUGUCCGAUCGCUGGCUUUUAACUGCAGCUCACUGCGUCUGGAGGAAACCUGCCGCCUUCUUCAAUGUCACCGUCGGUGAACACGACCUUGACAAGGUAGAAGGGACUGAGCAGAGUCGGCGGGUGGUCAAGGUUCUGAUCCACCACGGCUACAACAAGACCAGCUCGGACAGUGACCUGGCCCUGCUGAAGAUGCACCGGCCCGUCAAACUGGGACAAUUCGUGGUUCCCAUCUGCCUCCCUGCAAAGAACAGCACCUUCAGCCGGACGCUGGCCACCAUCCGCCAGUCCACCGUGUCCGGAUGGGGCCGCCUGUCGGCGCACGGUUCCUCGGCGUCGGUCCUCCAGCGGCUGACGCUGCCGAGGGUUCCUCUGCAGGAGUGCCGCCGCCACACCGAGCUCAACAUCACCAGGAACAUGCUCUGUGCCGGGGUGAAGUCCGGCGGGCGGGACUCCUGCCAGGGGGACAGCGGCGGACCGCUGGCGACCUACUACAAGAAGACCUGGUUCCUGACGGGCGUGGUGAGCUGGGGGAAGGGCUGUGCCAAUGAGAACCUGUACGGGGUCUACACCAAGGUCAGCAACUACCUGGACUGGAUCGCUGACAACAUGUCCACCGGUUAAAAGAGGUCCGGGUCCACAAACCAGGACUGGAACCAAAAGAUCACGUUUUAUUUUGUAUACGAACACAAAUGCUGGUGAUUCUGUCGUUUGUUUACUUUGUCUCAUCUGAUUCAUAAAUUAAAAUGAAGUUUUAGAUCUAAAGGGAAUAUUUUAAUGAUUUGAGACGUUGAUGCUUUUAUUAGUUUGGUCAAAUAAAUAAAGACAAAGAGAAC